GAUCGUCAUAUAAAUAUAUAUAUCUUCAUCUUCAAAGUUCCAAUAUAAUGGAGUCAUCAUCAUCAAAAAACAGCAAAGAAACAAGCAUCCUUAUGCCAGAAUCCAAGCAACUCAGCAGGCAGGAGAAAGGCACAAUUAUUGCCACCACAAAAGCCACCCCUCUCCACCCACAAAUCGGAGGAGGAGGAUGGAGGAAAUGUGUUGGUGUCGUCCACUUCAUUCUCAGGCUUUGCGCUCUGGUGGCGGCCUUGGCCGCCGCCGUUACUAUGGCAAUCUCCGAUCAAUCUCUCCCUUUCUUCUCCCAGUUCUUCCAGUUAAAAGCAAGCUACGAUGAUCUCCCUGCCUUUCCGUAUUUUGUGGUUGCAAAUGGCAUAGCUAGCGGAUACCUAGUUCUGUCGUUGCCAUUCUCCAUUAUUUGUAUCGUCCGACCACAUUUGGUCGGGCUAAGACUUCUCCUCUUCAUACUUGACACAGUGAUGGUGGCUUUUACGGUGGCCGGAGCGGCUGCCGCGGCUGCCAUAGUGUACUUAGCACACACCGGAAACUCCACCACUAACUGGUUUGCCAUUUGCCAGCAGUACACCGAUUUCUGCCAGCGUGUCAGCGGCACCGUCGUGGCUUCCCUCAUCGCCGCCGUCAUCUUCGCCUUCCUUGUCCUCCUUUCUGCCGCCGCACUCAGACGCCACUAAACCACAAAAGGAUGCUGUGUGUGUGUGUAGUGUUUAUGCAUGU